GCGUUUUUAAGUUGAUUAGUUGCUCUGGAUCGUUAUUAAAAUGAGUGGUUGUAGCUUUCAGAGCCUACGUCUGGGCUAAAUUUACAAAACUGUUGACAUCUUUUUUAUACAAAUGAAACGUGAUUUUUUUAUUUCAUUGACUUUAAAGUGAUAAUACGUUCUUUCUUCGCUGCCUCACACCACCUGUAAUUGAUUUGCGAACACUGGUCGAGGGAUGCCAAAGGCAGGGUUGGGUCGAACAAUAUGAUAAAUAAAUACAAUGAAUAAAAGCAGCUUCGAAAUAGUUCGUCUCUCUAGCGAUUCUGUGCAAAAAAUAAGAGACGCCCUACCUCCAAAGAAUUCCAAUCCUGCCUGGUUUUUGAUUGGCGGACAGCCAAAGUACGGGGGCAAUACAACAGAACCAUCAGAAGUUGAUAAACCAGCAAACAAUGAUUCUGAAACUACCAGUGAUGAAAAACAAAAGUUCCAUGAAAGUCAAUUUUUCUUUACCCAAGUAGCUAGACCAAUUUUUCAUGAAAAAAUAGAAAAUGCUCCAGUCCUAAUUAUAGAAGAUGUGAUAAAAACUUCGGUUGAAUCUCUAGAGCAAUCAAAUGGAAGGCAUGAUUUUCUGAUCUUCAAAAACCUCUCGACUGAAGAACUCUCGAAUGUUGCGGAAGCCUUAAAAAACAAUUUGAGCGAGACUGGGCUUUCUAAUUUAUGUAAAUCAAUUACUAAUAUGAACACCGAACAAAGUCUGCAAUUGUUGCCUACAUUAUGUUCACAAGUUUUAUUACCUAAGAUUAUUGAAUUAGAAAAAGAUUCUUGCCUGAUAAAAACUGGAAUCUGUGAAUGCGCUACUAGAUUUCCAGAUGAUAUCCAAAAUCUGAUUUUUAAUGCAAGCCUAAAUACCGAUCCGAAGAGUACUUCUAUUAUUAUUGCACUGGUACAAAAAUUAGGAAUUCAAAAGUACUCUUCUCUUUUAUCAGAAUUUGCGAAUCACACCCGAGAAUUAAAGCAGUGGCACUUUUCGAUUCUGGAAACAAUUUCAUCUACUGCGGCCGAGGCCAAUGCGAGAGAAAAAAUAUUCAAAAUGUUUGCAAAGAAAGCGAUGACUUUCUCGAAGGACAAACGCUACGCAUUAUUGGUUCAGACCUUUGCGAAAACCAAUGCCCCGUUUUCUGAAGAAGAGAAACUCAUUCUAGAGGAAAUUGCUGCCUUGAAUCAAACUGCAUAUAAAAAACUUAUCGAGAAAUAUUCUAGAUCUUAA